AUGUGGACGUACAACCCAAAAGCAGAUAUAGUGUUUAAGAAAGGUCUACUGUUUACUAAUAUCGAUGCAUUUAGAGCAGUUUUAAAGGACUAUGUAAUUCAGAAAGGAUUUCCAAUUAUGAGACUGAAGAAUGAGAAGAGCAAAGUCAUUGCUAUUUGUGGUGUUGAAGGAUGCAAAUGGAGAAUUCAUGCAUCACCAGUUGCAGAUUCCAUAACCUUUAUGAUUAAAACUUAUCAAGGUCCCUUUGGUGGUGUGUUUCUCACAGCAGCCACUUUAGAUGCUAACAAUAGCAUUUUUCCUAUUGCAUUUGCUGUGGGCUUGAAUAUAGCUUAUGAAGAGAUAGUGCCUGUUGCGAGUGGAAGGCAUUGUUGUAGGCAUAUCUGUAGCAAUUUUAAAGCUCAAUUUUCUGAUAUUCUGCUUAGUAACUUGUUCUGGAGAGCAACAAAAAGCUUUGAUGUUACAGGACAUAAUGAAACCAUGGCCAGCAUAAAGGAGUUAAACAUAGAAGCAUGGAAAUAUUUGGACAAAAUUUCCAAAACAACUUGGUGCAGAUAUACCUUUAAUACUAGACUAAAAUGUGAUCAUAUUACAAAUAACUGCACUGAGUCCUUCAAUGCAUGGAUAGGUGAGCUAAGAGGGAAACCUAUCUUGACACUAGUUGAUAGGCUGAGGAAGAAGUUCAUGAAGAAAAUGCAUAAGCGAUAUCAGAAAGGGUACAUGCUCACCACUGCCAUUACACCAAAGAUGGUUGAUAAACUACAAAGAAUAGGACAAGUAUCAAGACAAUGUGAACUCACUAUGGCUUUUGAUGACGUAUUUGAAGUGGGGGAUAUGAAUAGGUUUUACAUAGUCAAUUUACCAGCUAAAAGUUAUGAUUGUGGAGCAUUUCAAAUUUCAGGACUUCCUUGUAAAUAUGCUGCAUUGGAGAUUAUCUACAAGAGACAAAAGUUGGAAUCCUACUGUGAGCAUUGGUUCUCAAGAGAUAUGUACUUAAAGACAUAUGCAAGUAUGAUUCAUCCAAUUCCUGAUGAGAAAAUGUGGUCACCUAUGCCACAUGUUACCCCUGCAAUAGUCUUGGCUCCUCUAUUAAGGAGAGCUCCAGGUAGACCAAAGAUGAAAAGGAGAAGGGAACAUGAUGAAGGACAGUCUACAUCACAACCAAAAAGAUGGAGCAGGUUCAAGUGUGGAAACUGUGACUCUUUUAGUCAUAACAAGAGGUCAUGCCAAGUAGCACCUGUCUAG